AACUGAAGUUCCAUUUUUAGCCAGAGAGAGAGAGAGAGAGCGAGAGAGAGAGAGAGAGAGUGUGUGUGUGUGUGUUUAUAAAAAAGACUAUAAUAUGUGAGAAUCAGAACGCCGAUCAUUCGCCUUUCAAACGCUCCAGACCUUUAGGAAAGAGACGUUUCAUCCCAGCAUUUGAAGGGGGGGUAUAAAAAUCGGUAGGCUGCUACAAUACUGGAAAAAGGGUGAAUAAUAAACGGCCUCCCUGAAUAGCCAAUUUCCAUCUACAAAGGACUCAUCAAAUAGAAUGGCUCCCUCCCUGUCCCAGGCCUAUAAGAGGCGCUGGUGGAUGGCAGUGUCAGCUGUCAUUGAGAACCUGCUUUUCUCUGCUGUGCUGCUGGGCUGGGCUUCCCUCCUGAUCAUGCUCAAGGAUGAGGGCUUUUAUUCACACCUGUGCACAGAGAAUGAGACGCACAGUGCCAACGAGACAUUGCUGGAGGAUGUGGAGUGGCCCAGCUGUGUGGAGCAGGAGGAGGUGCUCAACCUGGGCUUCACCAUCGGCUCCUUCAUCAUCAGUGCUGCCACUCUGCCCCUUGGCAUCCUCAUGGACAAGUACGGCCCACGCCCGCUACGUCUGCUGGGCAGUGCCUGUUUUGGUUUGUCCUGUGCUCUGAUCGCUGCAGCUGCAUCUAAUCCAGCUGUGUUGUCCAUUCUCAUAUUCGUCGCUGUUGCCUUGAACGGGUUUGGGGGAAUAUGCCUCACUUUUACUUCCCUCACGUUGCCAAACAUGUUUGGCAAUGUUCGAUCCACCAUCCUGUCCAUCAUGUUUGGUUCCUACGCUUCCUCCGCGGUCACAUUCCCAGCGGUCAAGAUGAUUUAUGAUCUGGGGGUGUCCUUCAAAGCCAUCUUCUGGGGAUGGGCGGGCUUUGCAUGCCUUGUCUUCCUCAACUGCUUCGUCAAUUGGCCCGCAGAGUCCUUCCCUGCCCCCGAAGACAGUCGCUACACUAAAAAGAUUAAGCUGACAGGGCUGGUUCUGGAGCACAAGGCGACUGGUGAUCGCUGCUACAGUCAUGUGACCACAGUUGGCCAGACACUCAGAGAGAAGGAGUGCCCUACUGAUCUCCACAGCAAUGAUGAUCCACAGCAGAGCCAGAGUUCUCCUCCAUUCCGUCGUUCAGUCUGUUCCCCAAUCUUUCUGUGGAGCAUCAUCACCAUGGCGAUGACACAGCUGCGUCUCAUCUUCUUCAUGGGUUCCAUGAACAAAAUGAUAGAGUUCCUGGUAACCCAUGGUGACCCUGAUCCCACCGAGGACAUGGUGCUGGAUGCAGAGGAACAAGUGAACUUCUACUCGUCCAUCUUUGGCACCAUGCAGCUGCUGUGUCUGCUCACCUGUCCCCUGAUUGGCUACAUCAUGGACUGGAGGAUGAAGGAGUGUGAGGAGGAGGCAAGUCCUCCAGAGGGGGAGAAGAGUCUACCUGGGCCUCCAAAACGUAGCAAAAAGAUCCAGAAACUGACCAAUGCCAUCAGAGCCUUCAUCUUCACCAACCUGCUGCUGGUCACCUUCGGCAUCAUCUCCCUCAUCGACAGCCUGCCCCUACAGCUGCUGGCUUAUGUCCUCCAUACUGUGGUGCGUGGCUUCAUCCACUCGUGCUGUGGAGGUCUCUACGCUGCUGUUUACCCUGCUAAUCAUUUUGGGACCCUGACGGGAAUGCAGUCUCUGAUGAGUGCCCUGUUUGCCCUGCUCCAGCAGCCCCUCUUCAUGGCCAUGCUGGGACCCCUGGAGGGAGACCCCUACUGGAUCAACAUUGGACUCCUCGCAUUGUCAGUGACUGGCUUCCUGUUGCCAGGAUACUUGCUGUACCACCGCAGACACCUGGUCCAUGAGAAGAAGGAGCUUGAGAGGGAGGCCACUGACCACUCAGCAGACGAGAGGAAAGCGCUCUCAAGCAAUGGCCACUCUAAACAUCAGGGCAAUGGGCACUCAGGCAAUGGUCAUGUAGAUGGUCAUGAAGUUUAGUUUUUUUUGUGGACAAAGGAAACUAAGUGUCUUUAUAGUGUUUGCUCUUAGUAAUAACACUAGAUGCCUAACUGAAUAAUGUUUGUGUACCAAAAAUGUCACUAUGGGAUAUAAACACAUUUUCCAAGACAUACUCAUGUAUGACCAAAACUACCAUUACUAUGGCCAUAUUCACAAGCACAUAAUCACAGUGUUAUCUGCAGUCCACUUAUAGGGAGCCAAUGGAACUAACGGAUUGGCUGUAUUUAUUUUGAGCUACCUCCCCCUAAAAUCCAUUCUUAUCACUCUUAAAACAGUUUGUUCUUUUUGGUGAAGCAGCCAAUCCACGAGUGUGUAUCAAAACUGCACUAGUCAAUAAUCCUAACACUCUGCGUAAGUACGUACAUUUGUGUGUGUGUGUGUGUGUGUGUGUGUGUGUGUGUGUGUGUGUGUGUGUGUGUGUGUGUGUGUGUGUGUGUGUGUGUGUGUGUGUGUGUGUCUGUUGCCCACCUCACUUCUAGCCAAUGCCCCAUCACACUUUGACCUGUCUAUUCCUCUUUCAUAUGUGUUUGUCUUUGGUUGUUCCCUCUUUGUGACUGUGUAGUUGCGUCAGUUGUGUCGUAUUGUUGCGUCAGUUGUGUCCCAAUAUCUGAUUACUCACCACUAUGGUGGCCGCCCACUGCUAGGUUUUUGCCAAAGUUACAGGUUUAGUGCUGGCACAACCAGGUUUUUCACUUAAUGAUGCUGUAAAAAGUAACUUUUUAUUUGCUUACUGACUGUUUUUUUAGCCUGUUAGUAUUGCUGAAAAAUAUAGUAUUGCUUGUCUUAGUUAACUGUUCAGCUAAAUAUGCAUUUAUUUAACUUGUUGGAACUGGGUUUUGAUGGCAAUCCAAAUGCUGGGAUUCAAAAACAUAAACCUUAAGCAUGUUCAGCUGAAUAGUUAUGUAGGAUAUCUGUAGUGUGUUUUUUUAAUGUUAUAAAAUGGAAAAUUCAUUGUGAAUGAAGAAGGUGAUUGUGUUAAAAGAGAUUGUUUUGAGGGAUAAAGACGAUAUUGAUGUACACAAUCUCAUGAUCGUGAAUCACAGAUGUGAUGAAGCAGGGCUUCAUUCAAAUGCAAACAUAAUAUUAUGUGUUUCCAUGUUUUUUGUAUAUUCCAUCUUUCCAUCUUAUUAGCCUAUAAGAAAUUGAUACAACUUCAGACAAGUACCCAUGAGUCUACACCAUACUAAAAUGUAUUAGUGUUGACAUAAAAUAAAACAAAUGAACCUGAACUUGACUGACCCUUGGGUAAUAUCAGGGUAAAUGUUUAAAUAUAUUAUUAUGUAGAUACCUUCCAAAACUACUCAUAGCAGUGUUAUCUUUAUGCAUUUAUUGUUUUUGAUGCUUGAUAUUUCGCUGUUUGAUCUUUUGUGGCAUGCUCUAUUUUUACUGAUAUUAAUACAUAUUGCCGUUCUCAAUAAAUUCUAGGAAAUAACACAGUUCUUAAAUGUGACAGUAGUGACAGGUUUCUGUUUAAGGAUAUGUAAGAUAUUUAAGGGAAGGACAGAAAGCAUGACUGUGGAUAAAAGACCAAGUGCCAUGUAGCGGUCAAGCCGUUUUUUAGAGUGCAUGGCUAAAUGGAGUUAUAGCUCUCCCAGUUGGCAUUUAUGUGUUUGUAAUUUUUUAAUGUAUGAACUCAUAUUGGGCUUUUACAUGACAGAUCAGUGUUGUUUGAUUACUGUAUAAAAUAUGUAAAUGUUUAAUUGACAUGAUUUAUCAGCAUUUUUGGUGCUUUUUUUUGCUUGAAGAAUGUCUGUUUAAUUGUAAUAAAAAGACGAUCCUG